AUGGCAAUUAUAUCAUUACCAAUUCCAAUGGUGUCCGUUCUUGAAAAGAAUAUUGUGAAGCCAUCGUCUCCAACCCCAACUUCUCUCAGAACCCACACUUAUGCAGACCUCUCUAUCGAAAACCCUUACAGCGACUAUCCAUACGCCGGGAUGCUUAGAGACAACGCCUCCGUGGAGUGCAAUGACACGGGAGUCGAGUUCUCCGAGGUUCGAAUCCACUACUCCAUGUCCGAUGUUCUAGGUAAUGUCGAAAAUACACAGUCCAUAGUUUUCCCGGAGGAACUGCCGUGGAGAAACUGGUAUGGCAAGUUAGCGGUGGCUCAAGUGAGCCAUUUCGAGUGUGGAGGAAUAGCAGUGAGCGCUGCCUUGUGUCACAAGAUUGGGGAUGGUUUCACCGUCACAAAGUUCAUCAAUGAUUGGGCUGCCACAACGCGUGACCCCCACGUCAAACCGUUUGCACAUUUUGUCAGAGAUUCUGUCAUUCCGCCGCCGGAGAAAAGCCCUCCGUUGCCCACCCCGGUGAUCGUGGCGGAAACUCAACAUUGUUGCCAAAAGAGAUACUUUUUCUCUACCUCUAAGCUAAACUCCCUUAAAGCAAUGUCGGUAGGUGACAACAACUUGCGUGCAUAG